AUGGCUAAUAUUGGAUUCUCCGAUAGCCAACAAUGGAGAGCUGGUGCCCCUUUCAAUCUUGUCGAUGGCCUUGAUGACUGGCUCAAGCGUCUCUCCCAAAUGGCGAAAGGUGUCUUGGAUGGUCUGUAUGCCUUCAAUUGCUUUCUGAACCCUCACCACCAAGUCAUCAAUCUGGGACCUCAACACUUUGAGCGUGGUCUGACAUGUUUGAAUAUCUGUCACAUCUUUAUGUCUGCUGUUCCAAAUCUUGCAACUCUGUAUCCCGAAGCGCAGCCGAGAGAGAAUGCAGAGGUAACUGCGGCCUCUGACAUCGAGAAUAAGCCGCAGAUAAAGGGCGUUCCUUUUGUCAUAGUCGAUCUCGUGUCCACGGUGUUGGCCAAGGAACCACGAGAGAAUUUACCCCAAUCCAAUUUAGCAUCUGAUCUCGAAGGCUUACUCGGGGCCUCGGGCUCAGGAUUGAAUACUGGUCAGCUCGGAAAGAACGCGGAAAUGAUGGGCAAGCUGUCAUCCCUGGAGCAGAGCUAUGCAACGUCACCUAGGCUGGUUCAGAUGAGAUCAUCGCUAGCAUGCAGGCAGAAUAUCUUGAUCAACAACCGGAUUCUCCAUGGUUACACGCAUGUUCCCGGGACUGGACUCCUGGCCAAGACCCCAAAGCGAGCCUUCGCGAUUCGUCGUCCAGCGGGGGCACCCUCUCCCCAGCUCGGCGAGGUAGCGAAAGUCCCAGCCACUCCUUCGCCACAGGGAAGUGCGACGGGAAGCUCUCAGGCUCCCGCCAAGACCAACGGAGCGAAGAAGGAUUUUGUGAAGGAAUACUUGAACACUGUUCCUGGUGUUCCCUCUUUCUACGUGGAUGAUGACUCCAAGGUCACGGUUACGGAGACGAGGACUGCCUUCCAACGGUCCAUGGCUAGAGAAGGGUUUACUUCCACUGCCAUCGAGGCCAAUGCGAGCGGACUCCCUUUCGGCAAAUCGCUUUCAGCAUCUGCUGCUCUGACGGAGGAGAACUCCUAUAAAAAAGAGAAAUUGGAUCAAGAGACAGAUUCCACUUCAAAAGUGGCCUACAAGUUUCCCCGCGUGGCAUUAGAUCUAUCCUCCGAGUACCUGCAGCUGUCCGAUGAGUGCGUGAAAGCCAUCAACAACAUUCACAGUGAGAACGACAAAAUCAAGUUCAUAAAUGACUACGGUGAUGCGUUCCCCAGCAAGGUCAUCCUGGGCGGGUUUCUCCGUAGCAGCAGGGAUGUCAAAGUCAAGACUACUGAGCAACUUGAUGCAGCCAAGGAAGAGACUCGCAAGGCUGCUGGGCUCAGUUUCGCAGCGCCGCAAGUGAGCUUUGGCAUGAAUUAUGCGAACACUACUAGUGAGACAAAGACCUCUAGCCAGGGUCAGACGGUCGGGAAUGCUGCCUUGACUUGGGAGGCCCGCGGGGGAGAUACACCCUUCAGCAUGGGCAGCGACCGUAAAAGACUGUCGUUAUUGGAGAAUCACCGAGUGUCCCUGGUCAGCGUGAUCGACGGUAUCGAUCCUAACAUGGCGCACAAGGUGGAGUACCCAGACCAGGAGCAUGGAAGCACUCCAGACAACACAAAGCUCACGGAAAGAGAGCUCAUCGAUAAGGCAACAAACCUACUUCAGGGUCCAGAGACCUCCAGACCGAUGCAGAUCAUACUCAACGCUUACAAUGCCGACAAUGACAACAGGCAAUAUAAUGACUGGGUCACGAAAGAAAAGCCCCAAAAGGUUGACCUUCUGAGAUUAAAGAACGUGACGAGCGCAUGGUCAGACAUUUCGCCCUCACAGCAGAUCUACUGCAUUAUCUUUCUCCACAAGGAAAAGAAGCUGGAUGUGUUCUCUUGAGUCCGAUUGAGGCAAUCACCACCGAGUAGAAUGACUUGCUGGCAUAAUCAGCCCCAGAUUUCGCAGUCCGCACGAGCCUUUUCCAGAGGCAGUGUGGUGCCGCGGUUGUGCCUGUAUUUGUACUAGGAAAGCCUCGAUAAGGGUUUCCAUGGCAUCUAUUCAAUUUAUUGCAC